AUGCCACAAAGACCAGAAUCAAUGAUUUUCCAAGACCCAUUUUCUUUACAAGAAACAUCUGCUACACAUGAUCGCGAAAAGUUUCGUGAAAACGAAAAAUUGAGAGCCGAAGCUGAACAAUUUUUAAAUGUCAAGCCAAAACUUCAAGGCUAUGAAAUAUCUUUGCCAUUUCAUAUCAUUUUCCGAAGUGGUGGAUUAAUAGUUAGUAUGAUUUUAGGUUGGGCUUUAGUUGGUAAAAGGUUUGUUUUAAUUCAAUCAAUCCCUCUUCUCACAACUGCUGCCGAUCUAAUGAAGCUGUCAUCUUAUCAUAGAUAUGCGCUCACACAAAUUGUGGCAGUAAUCAUGAUAACUUUUGGUGUUGUAUUCGCUACAUUAAGUUCUGCAAACAACCAAUUAGUGGAAGAUAAAAAUUCUGGUUUUACAGCCGACUAUAUAUUUGGAAUAAUGAUUCUUACAGUUGCAUUGGUACUAUCUUGCUUUAUGGGUUUAUAUCAAGAAAUGAACAGAUCAAAUGAUUGGCGCGAAGGAUUAUUUUAUACCGUAGAAAAAGAAAUCAAUUUGGAUGUGUUGAAUGAUUAUGAAGCUGCCAAUCUAUAUAAAGUUAUGUUCCAAGCUGCUGACGAUGAUGUCAAAGGAAUUGAAAGUAAACAGCCAUGUAUUAGAAAAACAGACCUUUUGGAAGAUGUGGUGGCACAAUUAUCCAAACCAUACCUUACAGAAGCACUACUUGAACACAAUAUCUUGCUUGCAAUUAAGUAUUGGCUGGAACCUUUACCUGAUAGGUCAUUACCAAGUAUCACAUUAAUAAUUGAAAUGUUGAGUCUUCUUGAUAAAUACCCUAUUACAACUGAUCAUUUAUUUGCAAGUAAAAUCGGAAGAAUUGUUUAUUUUUACACGUUGACAAAACGUUGUCCGGAAACUAUAAGACAAUUAGCUACUCAACUUGUAGAAAAGUGGAGUAGACCAAUACUUGGAUUAAGUGACGAUUAUCGAGAAGUAGCUGUUGCACAUAAUCAAUACUAUCAAGAAAGGUAG